UGUCCAAAAGCAGACAAGAGGAUCGCCCCGCGCUGAGCCGGCUGGUGGGCAGCAGGAGGCGCCUGAUCGCCGCCGGGGCGCUGGGGGUGGUGAUGGUACUUCUGCUGGUCAUCCUCAUCCCGGUGCUGGUGAGCUCGGCCGGCACGUCGGCGCACUACGAGAUGCUGGGCACCUGCCGCAUGGUCUGCGACCCGUACGGGGGCACCAAGGCGCCCAGCACGGCCGCCACGCCCGACCGCGGCCUCAUGCAGUCCCUGCCCACCUUCAUCCAGGGCCCCAAAGGCGAGGCAGGCCGGCCCGGGAAGGCGGGCCCGCGGGGGCCCCCCGGUGAGCCCGGGCCGCCGGGCCCCGCGGGCCCCCCGGGCGAGAAGGGCGAGCCCGGCCGCCAAGGCCUGCCGGGCCCUCCCGGGGCGCCCGGCCUGAACGCGGCCGGGGCCAUCAGCGCCGCCACCUACAGCACGGUGCCCAAGAUCGCCUUCUACGCCGGCCUCAAGCGGCAGCACGAAGGCUACGAGGUGCUCAAGUUCGACGACGUGGUCACCAACCUCGGUAACCACUACGAUCCCACCACGGGCAAGUUCACCUGCUCCAUCCCGGGCAUCUACUUCUUCACCUACCACGUCCUGAUGCGCGGAGGGGAUGGCACCAGCAUGUGGGCCGAUCUCUGCAAAAACAACCAGGUGCGUGCUAGCGCGAUCGCCCAAGACGCUGAUCAGAAUUACGACUAUGCGAGCAAUAGUGUGGUUCUUCAUUUGGAGCCAGGAGACGAAGUCUACAUCAAAUUAGAUGGUGGGAAAGCCCACGGAGGAAACAACAACAAAUACAGCACAUUUUCUGGAUUUAUUAUCUAUGCUGACUGAUCAUGCAAAAACUAAGCUUAUUACUCUGAGUUUGGACACUGGAUUCGUAUGGCUAACGUCAGUGAAUCGAGGACUCCAGGGGAUGCCAGACGCGGGGCACUUCAGCUGUGUGUAUGUGGGGGAAUUCAAAUGCUACCUGACUCACAUCUGUAUACUCAGAAACAUUAUGUAAAAAAAAAAAAAUAUUAAAAGCAAGAUAAGCAGAUGUUGAUCCACUACCGCCAAAGCAAAUACUCCUUAAUUGUUAGUGUCUGUGUGAAUGAAGUCCUAUAUAGAUCACAAAUUUUUAUAGAAAAAUCUAAGACACUGAAUUAUUUCUUCAAUAUAUAUGAUCCUUUGGUGUACUGUGAUCUCGCUGCUUUUAUCCAU